UUCGGUAUCUGCUGCAGACUCGAUAACGGCGCCGCUUAUCAAACUUAGCUGCAGUUAAUCACGUGUUCUCAUCAGUAUCUGGGUCCAAAAAGGGGGCGGGGUUUGGAAGGAUCAACUUUAGCUGGAAUUUAAAUGCGCUUUUUAAGCGAGGCAGCAACAGAGAACUUGUCAAAGCCAGGAUGCAUUGAAGUAAACGGACAGAGAAGAGAAAUGGCGUUGGGAAUCAUAGUCCCGGCCUUGGCUGCCAUUGGUAGCCUCAUAUCCGGAUUUAUGAAUUAUUUCACUGACAUGUUUCUGACAACUCCGCUGAGAGCCACCCUCAAACAUUUGGAGGAGACCGAACUGAAAACCCUAAAAGGAGAAACCAGAGUCCUGAAAGCUAGGUCUCUGUGGGAGGGGUCGGGAGCUGUCAUCAUGGCAGUGAGGAGACCUGGGUGAUUUUUGUGCAGAGAGGAGGCUGCAGAGCUGUCCUCUCUGAUGCCUCAGCUGGAUGAGCUCGGGGUCCCUCUGUACGCUGUGGUGAAGGAGGACGUCGGCACUGAGGUCCAGAACUUCCAGUCGUUCUUCAAGGGGGAGGUCUUCUUGGAUGAAAAGAGACGUUUUUAUGGACCCCGUGAGCGGAAGAUGGGUCUGCUGGCAUUCCUGCGUGUUGGGGUGUGGAUGAAUGGCCUGCAGGCUUUUAAGAGGGGCUUCAUGGGAAACAUUUUGGGAGAAGGCUUUGUCCUGGGUGGGGUCUUUGUCAUUGGACAAGGACAGCAGGGAAUACUUCUGGAGCACAGAGAGAUUGAAUUUGGAGAUAAAGUCAAUGCUGAAGAUGUCAUCCGAGCUGUCAGAAGAAUAGCACAAGAACUUCAGCCUUUCGAGAGCAAAUAAUGAUCUGUAUUACCCAUGCAGGAUAAGAAAAUAUAUAUAUCACAAAGUCUAAAACCAAAAUGAUUCCAAGCUAAGAAUACAAAUAUGAAUGCUUAAGAAUGUGUAGUGGUUAGUGUGUGACAAAAAAAUGAUAUUUGCAAAGUUUGUUGGUGCACUGGUCUCGUGGAAAACCUUGAUAAAUGUUGUGGUAUGACUGUGAAGUAAGAGGCUCCGAGUGUGUUAAUGAUGGUCUUUCUUUAAACUCAAGAGGGAGCAGACCUGAUGUCAACACUCAGUUUCCUGUUUUACAUUGUUGUACUGUUGUGUUAUCUUGGGAACCAAGAAACCCUUUGACCAAUAAAACGUGGCUUUGUG